UUCUCCUGCUGCAUCCGAUCACCCGCGUGCCCCAUCAAGUCAGACGCGGCCUUGGACACCAGCUCCGAGAUCACUACCAAGGACUUGAAGGAGAAGACGGAAGUUGUGGAGGAGGCAGAGAAUGGAAGAGCCACACCUGCCAACAGAACACUAGUGAGGAAAAUGGGGAAGGAGGCUGACAAUGAUGUAGAUGAAGAAGAGGAGGAAGGUGGGGAGGAAGAGGAGGAGGUAGGUGAUGGUGAGGAAGAGGAUGGAGAUGAAGAUGAGGAGACUGAGGCAGUGCCGUGCAAGAGGGCAGCUGAAGAUGAUGAGGAUGAGGAUGUUGAUACCAAGAGGCAGAAGACCGAAGAGGGUGACUAG